UAUUUAUUGCCGAUGACAUAUCAUAUUGUUGUUUUACAUCAAUAAGUUUAUUACUUAAAAUGUUCAAUAGUUAAUGGAGCUCUAAUGAACUAACGUUUGCCAAUUGAGCAAUAUUUUUUAGUGCUUAAUUAAAAAAUUGGCCCAUAAUGCUACUGCUUACACAGAUACACACAUAAACAGAUAUAAUAAUACGGCUCGUUGAUUUUAUUUCCGCAAAGCCCUAAUUGCCGUACCAUCGAUUACAUAUUACUGUUAUAAACCAUGCGACUAUUACAUAAAAUGUGGGCAGUCUAGAGAGUGUAACUUUCUGUACCUGACCUCGUCAAACGGGCACCCCGGCGACACAAAUGUACAACCUGAACUACUUGUCGCGUGGAUGAACGAAAAUAACGAAACCCAUGAAACUUUGUUUGCGAUUUAGUGGCGCGAUUUAGUAGCUCUCAAAUCGCAAACUUUCCAUCUGCGUUCUGUUUUUGUCCCCGAUCAAAUUGUGAAUUGUUCGAAAAUAGCAGACAGUGAAAGAUAGAAGAGCUAUAAGCAAUUGCAUAUGACGUGGAAAAAUUGCUACAGAUAUACAAAAUCUACGGGCUUGCAUACAAAUCAUUCACGCCAAUUUUUUCAUGAGAGUUCUCAUCCACUCUUACAAAUUAAGGUAAAAUAUUUGUUGGGUGGAAGGAGGGGGAGGAGGAGGAGGAUGGACCUGCCUGAAGAAUUGCAGCAUCUGCGUCGCCUUUGUCAUGCCAAAGUGCAGGAUUCAAAGUUGGUUACUUGUACCAAUGAAAUCGUUAGAGUGGAAAUUUCGUAAGUACAGAAAGACCAAAGAAAAAACUGUUGCGGUUGUGUUGCAGUUUCCAGAAGACUAUCCAACGCAUGAGUUGUUGAUUGAACUUCGAUCCAAAACAUUAGAUGACAAGUUGUUGAAUGGUCUCACCAAGAUAUGUGAAGAGGAAGCAAGAAAAUACUUGGGUGAACCACAAAUUCUUUUGGUUUUAAAAUUUGUGAGCAAAUUCUUAGACGAAAACCCACUCUGCUGCUGUUCCAAAGAAAUUUCUACGAUCAAGCAAACUUUAUUAAAUGAGAAGGAUAUAAUAAAAUUAAAACAAAAAUCAUCUUCUGUUUCAUUUAGUCUUAAGGAGGGAGAGUAUUACUUUAAUUGCGACAUGAAUAUUCCUCAUGAUUAUCCGGAUAGUGGGGUUAUGAUUGAAAAUACAAACUCAAACUUUCCAAGCUCGUUUUGUCGAGUAUUUUUGGGGCAUGCAACCGAAAUUUCAAGAAAAUGUGUCGAACCCCCUCUUAAUAAAAAGAAAAUUCCAAAAAAUGCUCCACCAUUCCAACCAAAACCUUCACUGUUACCGGCAGCGACUUUUUUAAUUCAAUAUGUUCACACGUAUCCAAUUCAAAAUUGUCCCGUCUGCAAAUUGAGGUGUUUUCCGGAGAACCCGGAACAUGCAGUGCAUGAUGAAAAAGACGACCUCCACGUGGAAAGAAUUUUGUGUGGUCACUUAUAUCACUUCAAGUGUCUUUCCGAUUACUUAAAAACACCUCCAUUUGCAGGUGGAAAGAAAUGUCUCAUUUGCCAUGAUCGCGUAUCUCAUGACAAGUACAAGCUGACUCCAGAGCUAGCAGAAGCACGGUGGGCGCAUCAACAGGCAAGGGAUCGAGAAUUGGAAGAAGUUGUGGACUUUCUCUUAUAAGAUCAUGAUAUUAUAAUGAAAAUGCCAAACUUAAAUUUUUCGUGCAUCAUAAAUAAAUAUUGUAAUUUGUAAUCUUCGAAUUUAACAAGGUACAAGUACUUACUGUUAUACGUAGUUGAGUUAUAAAUUAGCUCACAUUAUUAUGAUUUUGAAGUUUUUCUUGUAUGCAAACUUCUCUUUGACUUCCUGCUUUUGUCGUGUGGUAAACUGAAAUAAGCAAAGUCACAAAAGUUAAUUUAGUGUUUGUAAUGUUUCAUCGGCCAAAAAUACCUUUGGGGAAAAUAGGUACAAUUCUCUCAAAUUGCAGUUUUCAAGAACCAGAAUGGCCAAAUUAGCUGUAGCGUCUGUGACUUUUUCACUCAAGCCAUGCAACUCUAGAAUCUCCAAAUCUAAUAAAUCAUUUUGUAAUUAUUAUUAUACCAUAUUUCCAUUAAUGAAUAACAAUAAUAUUAAGACUGAGUAUUAUUAUGAA